GAGAGAGAGAUAGACAAACAGCAAAAAAAAAAAAAUACAUAUAAUAUAUAUAUAAGAUCGUGUGAGUGUGAGUGAAAGUGCAAAACGAAAGAAAAAAAGAAAAGCAUAAAGGAAAAAAAAAAAAAAGAAAUUGUUCUGUAAUUCUCAGCCACUCUUUUAUUUCUCGAAUUCCUUACACCACCAUCUUCGGAUUAUUAUUAUUACCAAUACUACUACUACCACCAGCACCAUUAUUAUUACUACUACUUCUACUACUAUUAUUAUUAAUAUCAUCAUCGUCUCCGUUGUUGUUGUGUUGUUCGGUCGGGUUAUUCCGGCCGCCUCCGCCACUCACUCAUACUCCACAUACACACAUUCUAUCCGCUGUCUCCUGCCGAAGUAUAUAUAUAUAUAUUAUAUCUAUAUAUAUACAUACAUCCAUAUAAAUAUAUAUUAUAUAUAUAAAUACAUACACACACAUACACAGAAGUAAGUUAUCAUUUUUAUUAUUUUUUUUUCCUUCAGAUCAUCGUUAUUAUUAUUAUUAUUAUUAUCAUCAUCAUCAUCAAAUCGUCAUCAUCAUUGUAAAAUCCAAAGAAAGUUGAAUUUCAAUGGAAUCGAAGGAGUCUAAGGCCCAGCAACGCACGCAAAGAAACAGGCGCCGUAUGGUGAGAGGUCAGCAGCAACUGCAGGAGAAACAACACCAGGCGGCCCCGAUGGCGGCGGCUACGGCGGCGGCAACGGCGGCGGGAGGCAGCGGCGGCGAGGACGACGAUGACGGCGCGGCCGCGGCGGACGACGAGUGUCCAGCCAGAACCAGCAAGGAUAGCAAUAAUAGCCACAACAACAACAACAACAACAAUAACAACAGCAACAACAACAACAGUAAUAAUAGCAACAACAAUAAUAAUGCUAAUAAUAAUAAUAAUAAUAAUACUAAUAAUAAUACCACUACUAAUAAUAAUAAUAGUAAUAAUAAUAAUAAUAAGUCAAAACCGAAACCACCUCCGCCGUCCCAGCGCCGGAGGCGAACCAGUUCCAAUUCAUUUGACGAGGAUAUUAUUGAUGGAUUUGCCAUCAUCAGCUUCAAAACACUUCAGGAUAUGGAGGUAAGUAUGAAAAUGAAACCAGGCUCCACAAAUUCUUGUUGGAUUUCUUUCUUUGAAACUUGGAUAUUUUACAUCCUGGAGGAGAUUACCUGUUAUUACAACAAUUUACUUGCUGCUUAUCGGGAAAUUUACCUGACUGCUUGGUUAUUGUACAGGUUUGGCUGACAUAUCUUUUCUAUCUCUUUGGUUUCUCAAUUGACUUCACGUUUGAAGGUCAAAUGGCAGAACAACAAUUUGCUUGUUUAAAGUUAAGUUUUUUUGU